AUGAGCUCUCCUUUACAUAUCGCCGUGGCGGCUCAGAAUUUAUUGGGCUGUGGGCUACUCCUUGAUGCUGGAUGCCAAGUCAACGCAGAGGAUAGGGAUGGAAGCACGGCUCUUUCAAUAGCGGCAGAUCUGAACGAUCUCGAGAUCGUCGAAUGUCUUGUCUCCCAUGGUGCUGAUCCAAACGCGAAAAGUGAAAAGGAAUACACUGCUCUGGGUAUUGCAGCGACAACUGGGAGAUUGGACAUCGUCAGUAUGCUUCUUGAUCAUGGAGCGGAUCCAAACAAGCGGAAUGGACCGCGCAGCUCAAGCGCUCCACUACAUAUCGCAGCCAACAAAGGUCAUCGAAGUAUCGCGAUAGAACUCCUGAAGCGUGGAGCAGACCUUUAUCCGGAAAAUACCAAAGAAUCAAGUGCCUUUCAUGCUGCCUGCAUAGGAGGCUGGUUGGAUGUGAUAGAAACUUUCUUGGAGGUUGUCGACGAUGUAGGCGAGUUGGUCAACUUCGAAUGGGGCUGGGCAGGGACCCCUUUAAGAGCAGCGGCAUCAGGUGGCAGGCUGGAUGCCGUAAAGCUACUUCUCGGUAAGGGCGCCGACCCAAACAACCAGCUGCAAUCCAAAAUCAAUAGGGGCCAGACUAUCAUUCAUGCCGCCGCCGAAGGAGGUAAUACUCAAGUCUUGGAAGCCAUCCUUGAAGCAGUUGAUGAUUCGUCUCUUGAGGUGCGUGAUCGAGCUCAGAGGACCCCGCUCUGGUAUGCUUGCUUGGAAGGACAUGAGGAUAUGGUCAAAUAUCUACUUGAAAAAGGAGCCUCAACAGAUGUG